GUCCUGGAUGUGUUUACCGUCAGGAGCUUUAAAUGCAGGCAGAGCAGCUGAAGGUCACACACACACAUCUGAGCGGUGAACAUGAAGCUGCUGCUGGGUUUGUGUUCGGCUCUGCUGCUGCUGCUGGUUCUGACUGGAAGAUGCUCGGCACAGAGACCGCAUCGAUGCCGAACUCCAGCGCUGCUGUCUGGCAGUAUGAGCGUGAGCGCUCGAGACGGGCAGGACUGGGCGGUUGCUAAAUAUCGCUAUGAUGCUAUCGGCCAGCGCAUCCGUUUAUGGGAGUUUGGUCAAGUUCAGAGCAGAUCAUUCCAUGCCAAUAUGCUGUUCCUGUUUCGAGAGGCUGUGGUCUACACCAUCGACUACAAGAACCGGACGUGUCAGAAGAAUCCUCUCCAUGCAGACUUCCACCCCUCACACAUUCCCCAUAAUGCCUCGCUGCUGUCGCAGGUGAUUCUGGGAGGGUCGUCGGCGCCAGGUGAAGGUCUGCUGGUCAACACCUGGACGGGAGACGUACCUGAGACUGGAGGUAAAUAUCUGGCCACGGUCACAGAGUUCGGAUGCAUCCCGGUGUCGACGCUUUACUACACGGCCAAGUCUGGAUGGGUCGUUACGACCUACUUUAAUGCCGUGACGGGGAUCGAGGACCCGGAGCAGUUCUUUCCUCCUCCAUUCUGCGCCGAUGCAGACACCGAAGAGGAAGAACUCGAUUUCUUCAGCGCCUUUAUCUGAGAAAUCUGCUUAACACACUGUUACACUCGUGCUAUUGUGAUUUUAACCACUUUGAACCAAUGAACGUCUUCAGAAUGCUUUUGUUAAUUGUGUAGUUUUAAAUGCUGUUGCGCACCUAACGCAUAUACGAUCAAAAGCACUUUAAUCAUUUACAAAAAUAAGGAAAAUAAAGUUGUUUUUUUCCUCAAA